CAGAUCAUUAAACCAGAAAGAAGUAAACUAGAUAUUUUAAAUCUAACCAUGUUUCACGUUUUUAUUCUUGUGAUCCUUUUUUCUCAGGGUUGUUUUACAGCCCCACACGGAGAUUUUAAUGCUAUUCCAAGAGCAGGGUUUAGCUCCGCCUGUCGGGCUCCUCGGAGUAUACAGAGGAUGGUUAAAGGCUCCGAGGUUGUUGUAGAGGCUGGUGUCAUAGAGGUCAGCCCGGUCAGGAACAAUAUCUACGCGGUCACACUUCAGGUUCAGAAUAUACUCAAGGAUUCCCCCAGAUUUCCAACUGAACAGGGCAGAAAACUUCAACUUCUUUUUAUCAAACCCGAGAGCAGGACUGGUCCUCAGCUCCGAUCUAUGCCGGCAGCUAGAUCCUACCUUGAGGCUUGCAUCUACGAGCUGGACUUGAAGGUUGGGAAGAAGUACAAUCUGUUCCUGGCAGCUCAGCAAGGCAAGUUUACCGGAAAGGCUGAACUGGCCAGGUUUGUGAUGACCGCUCCUCCUAUUCUCUCAUCUAAGAAAUCUCUGAGAAAGAUCAAGGAAGCAACCUGCUCUAAUUGUG